AUGAUUCAACUUGCCUUAGCAUUGGCACUAGCUAAACUUGUUGCGAUUACUAUUACCAUACCUUUUUGUUUCGUGGUAACAAGUGAAUUUCGUCCUCAAGACGACAAUGAAACCAUCAAUGAAAUCGUUAGCAACUGGGGUGUAGUAGUAGCAAGAACACCCAGAAAAGGAAAAGCUACACCAGUGGCACGUACUCCAGUAAAACAACCUGGCACUCCUCCGCCUCCUGGUGGACGACCUCCAGGAGCGCCUCAACAACCAGCCUUUCCUCCACCACCACCGCCACCACCUCCUCCUCCUCCUCCAGGUGGUGGUCAACCUGGUGGGCCUCCGCCACCCCCACCGCCUCCACCUCCACCGCCUCCUCCGAAAGGUGGUGGAAAGAAUCCAGCAGGAUUAGAUCCUUACUUUUGUGUACCUUAG